AACAGAUCAAUCAUCAUCUUAUACUUCUCUACUUUACAUUUAAGAAACUAUUAAAAUGAUGCAAAUGCUAAGAAGCUUUAGCACAAGAAGCCGUCGUGGAGGCUACGAGCUAGUGAGUGAUGAUUCAACUUUCAGUUUACUCGGAGCAAAGCUAAGAAGAUCGACGAGUGUUCCUUACUACGCACCAUCUAUCAAGCUUGGUGCUGGUGGUGUUCCGACCAUACUCGAGGAGCUUCCUCGUCAGAAGUCCAAGAAAGUCAAAACAACAAGAAAAUUUAGCCACCCUAUCUUUAGCUUUUUAUAUGGGAAGAAGAAGAAGUCGCCGACCACGAGGAAGCCUGAGUUUUCUAGGUAUCUUGAGUAUUUGAAAGAAGGUGGUAUGUGGGAUGCGAGAACUAAUACUCCUGUUAUCUAUUACAAGUAGAAGUUAUGGAAAAUAAUCAACAAGUUUUGUUUAAUUUAAAUGAAGUAUAUAUUUUAUUAUGAUUUGUGAUGAUAUAUGUAUAUGUAAUCAACGAUUCAUUAAUUUCAUUUAUAAGAAUA